ACAUUCGAAGUUGUCCCGCUAUGCCCUGGACAACAAACCACAUAACAAGGUAAAUCGCUUUCUCGGAGCUAGAAGGCUGAUAUUCAAAUAUGGCGACCAAAGCUGCCAGGAUAGGAGAGGAAGUAUGGAAAAGUCGAGUCGACAAAGUCAACGCCGAAUUGGUGACGCUCACCUACGGCACCAUCGUCGCGCAACUAUGCAAAGACUUCGACAGCGAUUACGUGGAGGUCAAUAAGCAGCUGGACAAGAUGGGUUACAACAUCGGUCUACGGUUAAUCGAGGAUUAUCUGGCGAAGUCGAAUACGAUGCGACGGUGCUCGAAUUUUAGAGAGACGGCGGAGAUGAUUGCGAAGGUGGGAUUCAAGAUAUUCCUUAACAUUACGCCGACGAUUACGAACUGGACAACGGAUAGCAAGCAAUUCUCCUUGAUCUUUGACGAGAAUCCUUUAGCCGACUUUGUCGAGUUACCAGAUGACGGGCGAGCGCAGGAUGAGCUGUGGUACUCGAAUAUUUUCUGCGGGGUCUUGAGAGGUGCGUUGGAGAUGGUGCAGAUGCAAGUCGAGGCACAUUUCAUCACGGACGUUCUGAGGGGGAAUGACUCAACGGAGAUGAGGAUAUCUUUGAUUAGGUACAUUGAUGAUGAGAUGCCGGCAGAUGAUGAAUAGGUGUGUAUAGACUGGAGUUUUUGGCGUUUAGAUGGAUGGGCGAGGAUAUCAAAGGCGAAGAUAGGAAUGGCUCUUGCAUCGACAUUGAUACUGAAUGCGGUAUGUGUGGUAU